UAGCUAGAUAAAGCUAUUUUCUAAACCCUAAACUCCUCCUUCCAACAUCUUUCUUGUUCUUUCUAGCACACUCCCCUCUGAAACCAAAAUCGUAGAUGCCCUUUACAACUGCCUGUCUGGCGGCGGCGAAGCCAAGAAACCCCCAACUCUGAGACUGUAGCGGCAGUUAAUCGCAAUGGAAAAUCGAAUAAGAAAAUCGAAUAAGAAAAGAGCUGCUGCUGCUCCAGACGUUGCAACUACAAGAGGCAUAAAUUAUACUGGUCACGGAGAAAAUGUAGAUGGAGUCCUUGAUGAUGAUCUGAAUGAGCCUACCAUGGGUGAGAAACUUGCGAGUUUAAAUUUAGUAGAAAAUGGAAAAAGUGAAUCCCAUGAAAAGCAAGAAAGAGAAGAAUCCUCUCCUCUUGCCAAGCCUCCCAUUGCAGAUUCAGUUAAUGUUCUGCUUAUGCAGGCAUUACAUGCUGAUGAUCGUGCACUUCUAUUAGAUUGCUUAUACAACCAAGAUGAGAAGGUUAUUGCAAAAUCAGUCUCUCAACUAAAUCCAUCUGAUGUUCUCCAGCUUUUACAAUCUCUUAUAUCAAUGAUUCAAUCAAGGGGUGCAGUAUUGGCAUGUGCCCUACCAUGGAUAAAAAGUUUACUUCUUCAACAUGCUAGUGGAAUUAUGUCCCAGGCAUCCUCUUUGCGUGCUCUGAACUCUUUGUAUCAGCUUAUUGAAUCUAGAGUCUCAACUUUCAAAUCUGCUCUUCAAAUAUCUAGUUGCUUAGACUUCCUAUAUGCAGGGAUUGUUGAGGAUGAGUUCGAUGAGAAUGCCACAAUCCCAGUAAUAUUCGAGGACAAGGAUGAAAGUGACGAAGAGAAAUCUGAAGAUGCGAUGGAAACUGAUCAAGGGAGUGAAGAUGGGGAAGCACUUGAUGAUGAAGCAUUUGAUGGGGUCAGUGAUUUUGAAGGAAUUGAUGAUAUGAGUGACUGAUGGGAUAAUUUGUGGCUGCUUUGGUGUCAUUCUGUUGGAAGCUUGUAAAAUGAUCUGUCAGCCUUCGAAAGAAAAACCAAAGCAAUGAGUUUCACGGACGAUAACAUUGUUUCUCAUUGGAAGAUAUAUCCCAUACAGCUUAUACUGAAGAGCAAACAGGAAGAUACCUCAGAUUUGGUUUCUGACAAGAUGAAAGUAAUUGGAGUUUAAUGCGUUUGCAGGAAACAUAGAUACAUGUAGGAGAUUGAUGCAAAGUUGCACGUACUGUUGCUAUUCCUGGAUUCCACAGCACUAAUUUGUGAAAGGUUAUCAUACAGUGGGAGGUAUCAUGCUUUUCAUUCUUUAGCUGGAAUUCUUGAUUUAUUUCAUUUUCCUUUUUCGAACAAAUACCCUGAAAUCCUUUGUUAUUCAGUUUUAGUGUCUCCUGAAUUUUGCAAUUUUGUAGUCUGUGCAAACAUGUAGAAUAUGUGAGAGGGUAGUGCUGUAAGAUACCUAUCCGCAUAACAAAUUGAGUUAUUAUGCCUUGAUGCAAAAUCUAUGAAAUUAGAGCUUGAACUUGCUUCA